CGAACCCUUGGAAGGAUCCAGUCAUCGAGGCGGUUUGGAAAAUGACUCUCUCCAGCUGUAAAUAUCUGCCUUUUUACUGCAGGGCAGUCCUCUGGCUUCUCUCAGGCAGAGUUUCAGCAGAAAGCCUUGAAGCCAGCGUGGGAACCGAUGUUACGCUUUCAUGCCAGUAUGACGCUACAUAUUAUGGCAGGCUGUCUGUGUGCUGGGGACGGGGGGCCAUUCCCAGCCGCGGCUGUGCCGAUGAGCUUAUCAAGGCCGAUGGCACGGCGGUGACCGAGAGGUUGUCGGAGCGCUACCUCCUCUUGGGGAAUCUCGGCGAGGGAGACGUCUCCUUGACAGUUAGGCAGGUUCGGGAGAGCGACUCGGGAAUAUACGGCUGUCGUGUGGACAUACCAGGCUGGUUCAACGAUCACAAACACCAGGUGACCCUGACCGUAGUCCCAGCACUUCCUCAUCCCUUAAAGGUGGUGGAAAGAGAGGUGAAGGAGAGAACCAUCACGGUUCGCUGGUUCCCUGGGUUCGACGGGGGCAGCCCUGUCACGUCCUACAGGGUUGACUUAAAGGAUAGAUUUGCAUCCUGGGAUGGGGCAGCAACAACUGCAGGCAUCAGCCCUGCACUGACUCAGGUCACCUUGAUUGAUCUGCGCCCGGCGAAACCCUACAACAUCCGUGUGUUCGCUAUCAACAGAGUGGGCACGAGUGAAGCCAGCAAUGUUCUUACCAUCACCACGAAGGAAGCAGCACCUGGGGGCCCUCCGUUGGAUGUACAUGUCGAGGCCCUCACUUCUCGCGAUAUCACCAUCACCUGGAAGCCCCCCAGCGCUGACCUCCACAAUGGGGUCCUUCGAAGUUACGGCAUCAGAUACAGAGAGUUGGACCCUGUUGGGAGGCAGUUCGGAAACUGGGACCUCCGGAGCGUAAGUGCCACGCGAGACCGCGUUACCCUGAACCACCUGAAACCAGCUACCCAGUACAGCAUCAUUCUUCAAGCCAAAACCAAUGCAGGGGCAGGACCACUGUCAGCUGCACUCCUCUGCUCCACCCUGGAUGAAGUCUCCACAACUUCGACGCCAGAGACUACUGGUUAUGCCACAAGCACAGACGGUAGUGAGCAGGAGUGGACACAAAGCACCGGAAGUUUCCCUCCAGUGCCCCCAGAUGCCCCACUACUGGAGCUGCUGAUGGUAGAAGAUAAAACCAUCUCUCUAUACUGGACUGCCUGGUUUGAUGGCGGCAGCCCCAUCACCAGUUAUGAUCUGGAGUAUAAAGCCGAGAACGCUUCCUGGGACUUCACAAAGACAGUUGCAGACCUGAGCCCCAACCUGACAGACACCACAAUAAUAGAGAUGCAUCCCUCCACCUACCACAUCCGCAUGUUCGCCAGGAACAGCGUGGGCAUGAGCGAACCCAGCAACGUCCUCACAGUCACUAUUGAAGACGCAGGUGAGCACCCAAGAAAGUCAGGGCCGCCAUGUCGCCGCCAUCGUGGUGACGUUGCUGGUGUUGUUCAUCGUUGUCUUUGCUGUGACGUGGCAACUUCGACGGAUGAAGGUGAAACGGAGCAGCUUGGAAAUAUCGUGGCUGACCAAUGGCUUUCGUGGGUACAAGGAGACCGAGCCAGUGUCGGAGCUGUAGGCUCAUCACUUGCUGUGCUCAGAGGAGUGACGGGCAUACCUUGGUCAUGCAUGGAGGAUUGUGUUAAACAGUUUAAAUUGAUUUGAAUGAAAAGAUUUUAUUUUUUUCAUUUCUUUAUUGAAUUAUUUUGUUUUAGAAAAAGAAAAACACAGACCAAGGUGUAUGUGUACAAAAAUACAGCAUAGAUGAUGAUGAUGAAUAAACAAUGAUGAAUAAAUUCAAAUAAGUUAUUGUUAUAUGGGCGGGGGGAUACAGCCCUAAAUGGCAAUAAUUCAAUACAGUUCAACUUUCCAUCCAGCUAUACUUCAAUAUUAUGAUUCUGCAGGAAGUUACAGAAGAUGAUCCAAAUGCCCCAAAAAAAGCCUAUUCUUUGUGAUGUACCUUGUCUUUUCUAGAGCAAAGUAAAAAGUAAUUCCUUUCAGCCAUGGUGACAUUGCACCGGUUGUUUGUUUUACCCAUGAGCAGGCUAGACACCGUUUAGCUUCCAAAAAGCAGAUGUUGAAUAGAGAUCUUACAUUUUUAGAGGUCACAGACUCAUCUGGGUAAAUAUUCAAUAUACAUAAUUUAGGAUUAAGAGGCACCUCUUUACCAAUGAUCUGACUGGACAGAUCCAGCACCUUCUUCCAAAAAACAGAUUAUCUGGGGGCAUUCCCACAUGCCACCAGGUAGUCUGGCCUUGGGGUCGUCCCGGGUCGUCCUCUGUGUGGAGUUUGCAUGUUCUCCCCGUGUCUGCGUGGAUUUCUUGCGGGUGCUCCGGUCUCCUCCCACAGUCCAAAGACAUGUAGGUCAGGUGAAUCAGCCAUACUAAAUUGUCCCUAGGUGUGAAUGUGUGUGUGUGUGUGUGUGUGUGUGUGUGUGUGUGUGUGUGUGUGUGUGUGUGUGUGUGUGUGUGUGUGUGUGUGUGUGUGUGUGUGUGUGUGUGUGUGUGUGUGUUGGCCUGCUGCCCAGUGACUGCUGGGGUAAGCUCCAGCAUCCCCGCGACCCUGAGAGCAGGGCAAGCGGUUUGGAUAAUGGAUGGAUGGAUGGAUUCCCACAUGCAAUGGAACAAAGAUCCUUUCUGGUGAUGACAUUUAGUACAGGUUUAAUACAGGAAUAUGAGGGUUAAAGUGAUGCAACCUAGUUGGAGUAAUGUACUGUCUGCUUAUCCAUUUGUACUGCAGUAAUUUAGAAUGUGUGUUUGCAGUUUGGGUUUGAAAUAAAGAGCA